AUGAGUACUGUGGUACCGCCGCCAUUAGGCCUUGGACGACCCAGCAGGAAGAGCAUCCAGUAUCGUCUAGUUGUCAUUCAGCAUCCCACACGCGCACGCUGCUGUGGUUUUGGCGAAAAGGACAAACGGCCCAUCAAUCCGCCACCAAUCCUCCAGCUCCAUGUCACCAAUUCGGACGGCUUAUUGACACCUACAGAUAAUGUUUCACACCUGAUCGUCCAAUGUGAUUUAUUUUCUGCCGACCGGAAGGAUAACCGAAACGUCGUCUAUAACCCAGCCUCGAUCAACCCAGCCUACCCAAACAGCAAUGCCGCUGGCGCCUUUUGUCUCCGCUUUCGGUUCAUUGACUUGACUGCUGGAGAACCAUUGACGAUGAGCACUCAGGUGCUGCAUGAAGUGUUUUCUGAUCCGUUCUCGGUCUAUUCGGCCAAGAAUUUCCCUGGCAUGACAGGUACCACACCAUUGUCGCUCUGUUUUUCAAAGCAAGGAAUUAAAAUAUCUGUCCGGAAGAGUCCGGGAUCAAAGCGA